CGACGCCAUGAUAUUUGUUUCACAGAUCCUCUUCGAACCGUAUAACGAGAACGCGUAGUAGAAAGUAGAACAUACUUUUGCUUGGUUCUUGUUAAUGGUACGUGUUUCUAUUAAGGAAAAUCACCGUAAUUCUGAUUUUGAAGCAAUAAGUAUCUUUAUGAGAAUGGCGUAUCGCGAUCGUGAACGUAGUGAUAGAAGAGGAGGAGGAGGAGUACGCGGAGGAGGUCGUUUUGGUGGUCGAGAUGGAAGUAGUGGAAGUGGGAGAUUUGGUAGUAAUUCCAAUAGAGAUAGUAGUUUUGGAAACAAUAAUUUUAAAAACCGGCAACCUGGAGAACGGCUUCGUAAACCAAGAUGGGAUAUGGGUACAUUACCACCAUUUAGGAAAGAUUUCUAUCAACCUCAUCCUAAUGUUACAACUCGAAGUUCACAUUUAGUUGAAGCUUAUCGUUCAGAUAAAGAAAUUACUGUAAAAGGAACAAAUGUGCCAGGGCCAAAUAUAUUUUUUGAGGAAGGUGGAUUUCCAGAGUAUGUGUUAAAUGAAAUUCGUAGACAAGGUUUUGGAGAACCAACUGCAAUUCAGGCACAAGGGUGGCCUAUUGCUUUAUCUGGACGUGAUAUGGUUGGAAUUGCUCAAACUGGGUCUGGGAAAACAUUAGCAUAUAUUUUACCAGCAAUAGUACAUAUAAAUCAUCAACCAAGAUUAAAUAGAAAUGAUGGUCCUAUAGCUUUGAUUUUAGCACCAACAAGAGAACUUGCACAGCAAAUUCAACAAGUUGCAUCAGAUUUUGGUAUCUCGUCACAAGUAAGAAAUACAUGUAUUUUUGGUGGAGCUCCAAAAGGCCCUCAAGCUCGUGAUCUUGAACGAGGUGUUGAAAUUUGCAUAGCAACACCUGGACGACUUAUUGACUUUCUAGAACGUGGUACAACAAAUUUACGUAGAUGCACGUACUUAGUACUUGAUGAGGCUGACAGAAUGCUUGACAUGGGUUUUGAGCCACAAAUUAGAAAAAUUGUAGAACAAAUCCGACCUGAUCGACAAACUCUUAUGUGGUCAGCAACAUGGCCAAAGGAAGUUCGCAAUCUUGCAGAAGAAUUUUUAACUGACUAUAUACAAAUUAAUAUUGGUUCUCUACAAUUAGCUGCUAAUCAUAAUAUUCUUCAAAUUGUUGAUGUAUGUGAAGAAUAUGAAAAAGAGGGUAAACUUAUGAAACUUUUAGAAGAAAUAUCAAAUGAACCAGAGAAUAAAACUAUUAUUUUCGUUGAAACUAAGAGGAAAGUAGAUGAUAUAACACGUGCAAUUAAUAGGUAUGGAUGGCAAGCAAUUGGCAUCCAUGGAGAUAAAAGCCAACAAGAAAGAGAUUAUGUAUUAAAUCAGUUCCGGAAUAGCAGAUCUGCCAUUCUAGUAGCUACAGACGUUGCAGCAAGAGGAUUAGAUGUGGAAGAUGUUAAGUUUGUGAUAAAUUUGGAUUAUCCAUCCAAUUCUGAAGACUAUGUACACCGGAUUGGUCGUACAGGACGUUCACAGCGUACGGGAACUGCGUACGCAUUUUUCACUCCUGGUAACGCACACAAGGCUAGUGACUUAAUUCAAGUUUUAGAAGAAGCAAAACAAGUUGUAAAUCCCAAACUAUAUGAAUUAUCGAGGAAUCCAGGCAUUUAUAAAAGAGGUCGUUAUGGGGGACGUAGUGGAGGUGGUGGAGGACGUGGUUCUGGGGGCCGUGGCGGCACUUCCCGUGGUUCGCGUGGUGGUCGCGACGGAGAGAGAGGUGGCAGAUUUGAUCGUUCUAAUGGCGGUGGAGGAGAUCGAGGAAAUAAAUGGAAUGGUAAUAAUAGCAGUAUAACGUCAAAUAAAAAUUGUGGUGUGGGAGGAGGCAACUACAAUAGUAAAGCAUUUUCUCAAAACAAUUAUGGAGGGGGGUCUGGUGGUGGUUCCAGCGGUUAUAGUCAAAAUGGUGGAUAUGGAGGCAGUGGAGGAGGAGGUGGAGGUGGCAGUAAUUAUAGACAACAAAAUGGCUAUUAAUUACAAAAUAAUUCGUUUUGAAUGAAUGUUUUAUGUAAUAUAGUAAAGAAAUGUAUACAAACUAAA